AAAUUGUUAACCUUUUUUUUUUUUUUUCUUUUAAACCUUUUUCUUCAUUCUAAAAUACUAGUUAGAGACACUGCUUGUAAGAUUGGGUUCUUUUCUGCUCUCUAAUGCUUUGUCAGUUAUCAUUUUAAUUUCUGCUCCUUCAAACACCCACCAUUAUGCUCUUAGUACCUCUCCUUCAUUCUCAUUAUCAAGCAUGCACAUAGUAGCUCAAAAUUAUGCUUCUUGCUAUUUUAACCAGUGUUCAAUUUCCACUUUCUUUUCCUAUUAUUUCAAGUCAAGUCUGUUAGGUAUCAACAAGAAAAAGUUUAGAAAACCAUUUCUCACAUGAAUCAUAUAUUGAAGCAAAGAACAAUGGCUAAACUUCAUAUAAGCUUAUGAUUUACAAAAUGCAAGGUUUAUUGGAUUUUUAACUGUUAUGUAUUUUGAUUGAAAAAAAAUUUCAUAAAACAAUUGUGUAACAGUGGAUUCAGAGAAAGGAGUUGGUAUAGUGGGCAGUGUUACUGAAGAAAAAACAGGUGAACCAGGAGGUGAAAUUCCUGAACCAUAUGUGGGUUUGGAGUUUGAAUCUGAAGAUGAUGCUAGACAGUUCUACAUGGAGUAUGCUAGAAGGGUAGGAUUUGUUGUGCGUAUUAUGCAACGCCGUCGUUCAGGGAUUGAUGGAAGAACUCUUGCUCGCCGACUUGGAUGUAACAAGCAGGGUUUUUCUCCUAAUAAUAAGAGUUCAUAUGGCUCAGAAAAAAAGCCACGUCCUAGUGCACGGGAAGGAUGCAAAGCAACAAUCUUGGUUAAGAUGGAAAAAUCUGGAAAAUGGGUUGUCACAAGAUUUGUGAAGGAGCAUAAUCAUCCUCUUGUUGUUACCACAAAUGGAUUCAGCACAACUGAUGACAAGGAUAAGAAAAUUGAAGAACUCACCAUGGAGUUAGCACGUAUGGAUCAAUUAUGUUCUGACUAUCGAGAAAAGCUGCUAAGUUUUAUGAAUAACGUUGAGGAACAAACAGAAGAGUUAUCUUCGAAAAUUCAGGUUAUUGUUGACAAUGUUAAGAAACUAGAAGCUGAAAUGCAGAGACAUUCACACCAGAGAUAACCUCGGGCGUUUAAGAUGACUGCUAUGUAUAUUCCAUGAGAGCAUCUGCCAUGUACAGUAGAACACUGUAGUAUGAUUAUCUUGUUCCAGUUCAGAUGCUUAAUAUUUAACAUUUGUGCAUUAAUACUGUGAUGAAAUGGAAACUUCUUAAUUGACUCUCACAUUUGAACAAAGAUAUGCAAAUGGA